AUGGAGGAGAGAACGGGCAGUCCAAUCGCCGUGAAGGUGGAGGGGCACUCUCACAGCGUCCUCCUGACUUACUUCCAUGGAGACAUUAACAGCAUGGUGGAUGACCACUUCAGGCGUGCUCUCAGCAAAGUCUGUAAGGCCAAGGAACCAGCAGGGAAGGCAAAGAAAAUCCGUAAAACUAUAAAACUGGAGGAUGGGAGACCCGGUCCAGACGGGGCCGCUGUGUGUUUCUCUGGGUCCCGGGACCCUUCUGUGGCCGGACGUAUCCUGGCUCUCAGCUCCUCAGAAGACGCUCCUGGAUCCUGGAAUUCCUACGCCGGCACGACGGGAGAGGCAGCGGGGCUCCCGACCAUCAUGUGCUCCCUGUCCUCGGGGGAGCUGAGUCUCACCGGACAACAGUACGCCACCUCCCUGCUCAACCUACUGCACAGCGAGCGGCCUGAGAUGGGACCCGGCUCAGUGUCCACCUCCAAGCCGGAACCGACGGCAAGCUGGGCGGUGCCUCAGGGGUUCAGAGAGUCUGCAGACCCUCCCGUGGGCUUUGAACCUGGUAAUGCCGCAGCUGCAAUGCAACAUCUGUACUACAACCUCAAGCAAGAUUCCAAAAUCUAA